GAAACUUUCGUCUUUGCGACGUGUUGGUCGUUCGUGAUUAGAAAUAUCAAUACAAAUCGACAGCACAAUGCAAGGUCCCGCCGUUUUUAUUGAUGCCGAAAUCGAUGAUCAGGCCCAGGAGCUGCGACAGUUUUUCAAGCAGUUAGGUGCCGAAAUCAGCGAAGAAAAGUCCUCCAAAGGCAUCGAGGAUGAUUUGCACAAAAUCAUCGGUGUUUGCGACGUGUGCUUCAAGGAAAAUACGCACACGCCAGAAGAAAUCGAUGCAGUGCUGAACAGCAUCGUCUCUAUCAUCGUGUCCAUUCCAUUGGAACGCGGCGAGAACCUUAUUCUGUCCUUCUGCGACAAGAUGACGAAAGCAAAGGAACCCAGCCUCGCUCGAGUUUGCCUGCAGUCCUUGUGGCGCUUGUUCAGCAACCUGGAUGUGACUUCUCCGCUGCGUUACCACGUCUACUACCAUCUGGUUCAGGUCGCCAAGCAAGUGAACCAGGUGAAGGAAGUCUUCACUGGAGUGGAACAGCUAAAGGCCCAGUUCGCCCAAUGUUCGCCACCGGCUUCGAACGAACAGAUGCAGAAGCUCUAUCGUCUGCUGCACGAUGUGUUGAAAGACACUAACAGCGAGCUGGCCUCGAAGGUUAUGAUUGAGCUGUUGGGAACGUACACCGCAGAGAAUGCGUCGUACGCACGCGAAGAUGCAAUGAAGUGCAUUGUGACGGCACUCGCCGAUCCUAAUACCUUCCUGCUCGACCCGCUGCUGUCACUCAAACCUGUUCGUUUUCUCGAAGGCGAGCUGAUUCACGAUUUACUUUCGGUGUUUGUGUCGGAAAAACUCCCAAGCUAUUUGAAAUUCUACAAGAACCACAAAGAAUUCGUCAAUUCGCAAGGGCUCAUUCACGAACAAAACAUUAAGAAAAUGCGCCUGCUGUCCUUCAUGCAGCUGGCAGAAAGCAACUCCGAAAUGACCUUUGAGCAACUGCAGGAGGAGCUGCAGAUCAAGGAAGAAGAGGUGGAACCGUUCAUCAUCGAAGUGCUAAAGACGAAACUUGUGCGUGCCCGUAUGGACCAGCGAGCUCGCAAGGUGCACAUUUCCAGCACAAUGCACCGUACGUUCGGGCGACCGCAGUGGCAACAGUUGCGUGAAUUGUUGCUUUCGUGGAAAUCAAAUCUUACUCUUGUGCAGGAAAACAUCAACACGGUUGCUGCCGCUCAAAUGGAGCUGGCACAGCGUCAGUGAACGUGGGUUAAUUUUGAACUGUUACACUAAGGGUGUGAGUGCGCGUUCUACGAGAACGUGAAACCCUAGCGUUGGUAAGAACAUAAAUUCUGAAGAAACUUUAAUUCCGAACCGUAUUACAAGGAGAGCAAGUGUGCUUCGUACAGCGAAGAUUCAAAAGAAAAGUGUUAACGUCGUGUGCGGCCUACGUGUGCCAGUCGUCGAAGGCUCCCAGGAACGGUGCCAGCGGUAGUUCCACUGGCUGGGAAGCCUGUUGAACGCAGGUCCUCAGAAAAGGACGUUUUCUUCGUUCAUAGUCGCUCGGUGUUUCUAACAUAUUCGAAAGAGUUUGCCAUUCAUCUCCGAACAACCGUCAUUCGAAUAAACUCUUAUAAUAUG